AUGACUCAACCACAGAACGAUCAACAGCAUAAGUUCUUAGUGCGGUGUGAAGAGGCGUAUAAUCUUGUUCAAGGUUUUUUGCAUGACACUUUACCAGGAGGUCCUGUACCAUCCGGAAAAUCUGAUUACAUAUUCAAUGCCGAUUUGCGUGAACGAGUAAAAGAAAAGGUCAUAUUAAGUAUAGAGAAGUUAUCAACUGCUAUUGAUAGACAUGGUUUAGAAGAAAUAGCUCUUUCAUAUAAUGGAGGAAAAGAUUGCUUAGUGAUGUUAAUAUUAAUCUUAGCCACUAUUCAUAAGAAAUAUUCAACAGUUGCAAAUGCUUCAGAUUUAAUUCCUUAUGAGUAUAAAUUAGAUUCCAUAUAUAUCAAUUCCGAAACCCCAUUCCCUGAAUUAUCUGAAUUUAUUAGAACCUCUACAACAUACUAUCAUUUAAAUCCUAUAACUAUAAAAUCAGGUUUAAAAGAAGGAUUUUAUAAAUAUCUUCAUGAAAUAAAUACAAAAGUUAAAUGCAUAAUGGUGGGAAUAAGAUUCAAUGAUCCUUACGGUAGUAAAUUAAAAUAUGAAGAUCCAACCGAUCAUGAUUGGCCGGCAUUUUUAAGAAUUCAUCCUAUAUUACAUUGGAAUUAUAUUGAUAUAUGGGACUUUCUUAUUGGUUGUGAUCUUAAAUACUGUUCGAUGUAUGAUUUAGGUUAUACUAGUUUAGGAGGAGUUAAUAAUACUAUACCUAAUCCUUACUUAAAGAAGGAAGGAACUGAAGAUGAAUAUUAUCCAGCAUACAAAUUAGUAGAGGAUGCUGAUAAUAGAGAAAGAACAGGUAGAAAUGUACUUAAAUAG